AUGCUUGUCCAAAAGAUCGACCAACAUUCACAUAUAAUUUUCUGGCUUUUUUAGAGUUGUGAAAACAUUUUGUUAUUUUUGUUUGCUGGAAGAAUCCAAAGUCAGAGGAAAAUGGGUGUUAGAGAGAAGGAUCCGUUAGCCCAAUUGAGUUUGCCUCCGGGUUUUAGAUUUUACCCGACAGAUGAAGAGCUUCUUGUUCAGUAUCUCUGUCGGAAAGUUGCAGGCUAUCAUUUCUCGCUCCAGGUCAUCGGAGAUAUCGAUCUCUACAAGUUCGAUCCUUGGGAUUUGCCAAGUAAGGCUUUGUUUGGGGAAAAAGAAUGGUAUUUUUUUAGCCCGAGAGAUCGGAAAUAUCCGAACGGGUCAAGACCCAACAGAGUAGCCGGGUCGGGUUACUGGAAGGCGACGGGUACAGACAAGAUCAUUACGGCGGAUGGUCACCGUGUCGGAAUUAAAAAAGCUCUGGUUUUCUACGCCGGAAAAGCUCCAAAAGGCACGAAAACCAACUGGAUAAUGCACGAGUAUCGCUUAAUCGAGCAUUCUCGUAGCCAUGGAAGCUCCAAGUUGGAUGAUUGGGUAUUGUGCCGAAUUUACAAGAAAACGUCAGGAGCUCAGAGACAAGCUGCUCCGGUUCAACCAUGCGCUGAAGAGCAAAGCAUGAACGGUUCGUCGUCGUCUUCUUCGUCACAGCUCGACGACGUUCUCGAUUCGUUCCCGGAGAUGAACGAUCGGUCUUUUAAUCUCCCUCGGAUCAAUUCGCUGAGGACGCUUCUCAACGGGAAUUUCGAUUGGGCAAGCUUGGCAAGUCUUCAUUCCAUCCCGGAAUUAGCUCCGACCAACGGGAAUUACGGAGGUUACGACGCGUUCCGAGCGGCGGAGGGGGAGGCGGAGAGCGGGUUGAGGAACUCGCAGGUGGUGGAUCAGCAGCAGAACUCGAGCGGGAGCGGGUUGACUCAGAGUUUCGGGUACAGCUCGAGCGGGUUGAAUCGCGGGUUCGGUAUUUCGGGUCAAACAUUCGGGUUUAGUCAAUGAGGGAGAUCGCGUAAUUUAAUUACUUUCUAUUUUAAGUAAUUGGGUGACUCAAGAUGGGUGGAAAAAGUUGAAAAGAUUUUUGAGACUUGAGAGGGUAGAGUGGCAGUUGAUGUAAAUAGUAGGGAACUAUAUGGGCCUUUACCGAUUCCGUGAGGCUUAGGAUUCCAGAAAGGGAAAGGGCUUGGAUUAUUUAUCCAAUUUGACGGGCCGCAAAUGUAAUGUUAUUUAAAUUCUUUCUCACGGGAGGAAAACAAAAAUGUUAUUUUGAGAUAUUACAUCUAUCAAAUAAAUGAUUACUGUCU